UUUAAAGAGAUUCUAACAGAAUGGAGCUCUUGGACCUGUAUCUCGAGUCUUGCAGGUUGCAGGAUCAACAUGUGUCUCUAAUAGUUAAAAAGACAGAAGCAGUCUCCGCCAGCCAAGAAACCAGCAAAAAUAUUUCACAAUGGAUGUAGACGAUGAAGAAAACAUGAGUUCGAGCAGCACCGAUGUUAAAGAAAACCGCAAUGUGGACAACGUUCCCCCCAAGGACGGCGGUGGGCAAGGCGCCGGGGAGGGGACACAGCUCUCCAACGGUGGUGGCAGCAGCAGCAGAAAGCGUCCUUUGGAGGAAGGCAACAAUGGCCACUCCAAAUUUCGCCCAAAGAAGAGGAAGAAAACACCAGGCCCUGUUCUGCCAAAGAAUGCCCUGAUGCAACUUAAUGAGAUUAAACCCGGUUUACAGUACAAACUCCUCUCCCAGACGGGGCCGGUCCACGCCCCCAUGUUUGUGAUGGCAGUCGAAGUCAACGGGCAGGUGUUUGAAGGGUCCGGCCCGACGAAAAAGAAAGCCAAGCUUCACGCCGCCGAGAAGGCCCUGCGGUCUUUCGUCCAGUUUCCGAACGCCUCGGAAGCCCACCUGGCAAUGGGGAGGACUCUGUCGGUCAACACAGACUUCACCUCGGACCAAGCGGACUUCCCCGACACCCUUUUCAACGGGUUUGAAACACCGGUCCCUUCUGAUGCUUCCUUUUACCUGGGGUCCAAUGGGGAUGGGUCCCUUAGCUCUAGCGGGGACUAUGGUUUGCCGUCGGCGGCCGUAGCCAGCAGCCUUUCCCAGUCGCCUCUCCCCGCGCCAUCGCCCUACCCCUCCGCCAGCGGGAAGAACCCCGUCAUGAUCCUCAACGAGCUGCGGCCGGGGCUGAAGUACGAGUUUCUCUCGGAGAGCGGGGAGAGCCAUGCCAAAAACUUCGUCAUGGCUGUGGCGGUGGACGGUCAGACUUUCGAAGGCUCGGGCAGGAAUAAAAAGCUGGCAAAAGCUCGGGCCGCUCAGUCGGCCCUGGCAUCCUUGUUUAACAUGCAGCUGGACCAGACCCCAUCGCGACAGCCCAUUCCCAGUGAGGGGCUCCAGUUACACUUGCCACAGGUUUUAGCUGAUGCUGUUGCACGCUUGGUUGUAGAUAAAUUCAGUGAUUUGACAGAAAAUUUCACAUCUCCACAUGCACGUAGAAAAGUCCUUGCCGGAAUUGUCAUGACAACAGGUACAGAUGUGAAAGAUGCCCUGGUAAUAAGUGUUUCUACGGGAACAAAAUGCAUCAAUGGUGAAUACAUGAGUGACCGUGGUCUUGCAUUAAAUGAUUGCCAUGCGGAAAUUAUAUCUCGCAGGUGCCUGCUUAAAUUUCUGUAUACACAACUUGAGCUUUAUCUAAGCAAUAAAGAAGAUAAACAAAAGUCCAUUUUUAUCAAAUCAGAGCGAGGCGGGUUUAAGCUGAAGGAGAAUGUGCAGUUUCAUCUCUAUAUCAGCACAUCUCCUUGUGGCGACGCUAGGAUUUUCUCACCACACGAAGCAGCACAAGAGGAUCAAGGGGACAGGCAUCCAAACCGCAAAGCAAGAGGACAACUACGGACAAAAAUAGAAUCUGGGGAAGGGACCAUCCCCGUGCGCUCUACUACCACUAUCCAGACGUGGGAUGGCGUGUUGCAAGGAGAAAGGCUGCUUACCAUGUCCUGCAGCGACAAGAUAGCGAGGUGGAACGUAUUGGGUAUUCAAGGAGCCUUACUUAGCCUCUUUGUGGAGCCAAUUUACUUCUCUAGCAUCAUCUUGGGGAGUUUAUAUCAUGGGGAUCAUCUAUCCAGAGCCGUAUACCAGAGGAUAGCAGAGAUAGAAGAUCUACCACCUCUUUAUACACUCAACAGACCUUUACUUAGUGGUAUUAGCAAUGCAGAAGCCCGGCAGCCAGGGAAAGCACCAAACUUCAGCGUGAACUGGACAGUGGGAGACACUGGUCUGGAAGUUAUUAACGCCACAACUGGCAAGGAUGAAAUGGGUCGUGCGUCUCGCCUUUGUAAGCAUGCUUUUUACAGCCGCUGGAUGCGUAUUCAUGCAAAGCUUUCCUCCAGCUUGCGCUCAAAGAUCCUCAAGCCUAACCUGUACCACGAAACCAAGCAAGGAGCCACUGAGUAUCAAACUGCCAAAGAGUGUUUGUUUAAAGCAUUCCUGAAGGCAGGACUUGGAGCCUGGGUGGAGAAGCCCAUAGAACAGGAUCAGUUUUCUCUCACGGCCUAAUUCACAGACUGCACAUCACUUGGGAAAGGGGGGUUGUUCUGGAAAUUCCUGGUGUCCAGCAUUACUUUCUGGCAUCUCCACAGCCAUCAAAACAUCUUUUUACUGCUUGGAGUUGCGUUUCUCCCUUUGGGUUUUUUUUUUUUGAAACUUCAUAGUAACUGUUUCUGUUUUGCCUAAGUAUUGAAAAUCAAUGAUGAUCUGACACCUAAUUGUAUAUUUUGUUAUGGGAAAGUAAUUUCUGGUGUAUUUCUAGAAAUACUUUUACUGUAGAAAACUUGCAGUAAGGCUGUCCUUACAGUAUACAAUGACUCAUUUUUUCUGGGUUAAAAUAAUUUCUUUUUUUAAUUCAGUGUCAUCAAGUGCAUGAAGAAAUGAAAGUUUCUCUAGGUUUUACAUCACACUUUUAGGAAGUAGCUUGAUUUUUUUUAAAAGAAAAUAGGUGACAAAGCUGAUUCUACUCCUCUGUUAACUUGUUUUUGAACUGCAGAUAUUUCUAGACCACAGAGCCAGAAUGGAGUCUGGACAGCUAGUCUUUCCCCACUUCCUUGCUCUUUAAAACCAGCUGCUGAAAAUUUCAUGUCUUUGAUGUAUGUAUUUAUUAGUCUGUGACCCAGUUUUUAACAUGCAGCUUUUUAUUCUGUUUUUAAAAAUACAUUUACCUCCCAUUUAUACACAUUGUGAAGUCUUCAUUUUUUUUACCAUUGUAAACUGGAAACAGCAAAAUAAUUAUUUGUAAGUUAAGAAGUUUAGUCUAUAAUGUGCAGAAACCUGUUUAGAAGUAGGUGAUUUGUAUAUCCCAGGAACUCGUCAGAAUGCAAUCGUAGCUGUAACAGUACUAUGACAACUUCAAAAAAAAAAAAAAAAAAAAAUUGCUCAUUUUAAGGGCACUAUGCCUGAAUUGCCAAAACCAGCCACUUGCUGGGUAUUAAUUGCUCUGCUCUCAGAAACGAAAAGCUCUUGUACGGACAAAAAGUUGUUAAAACUUCCUUCCUGCGAGUUAUAUCUGCUUUCACUCCAGUGAUUGUGUCUCUGAGAUUUCAUUGCCUUUUGGCUUUACACGUACGAUGGUCUUCAUGAAGCUAAUUAGGUAAGUGGCUCUCAAACGUGCUUUCAUCUGCUUUGACAGUUACUUAGAAAGGUCGUUUUCCUGAAGGUGUAGACACUUCUACUUUGUGUAAAAAUGCAAGACAGAAGGGAAAUGCUGCGAGAUCGGUUCGAUCGGCUGCUGUGCGGCGGGCGCUUUUCGAAACACUUUGUAAGCGCGUGAUGUUUAGGGACAGAUGAGGCGAUGUCUGGCCUCGCCUCUCUGCUCACGCGGCCUCGUGCCCGGCCGGGUGUCACCUCUGCUUUCCGAGGAGCAGCUCCGCGCUCCCUUCGCGAGCGGUGAAGGUGACGUCUCGCGCCGUGGGAUUUCACCCGGCGAAACCAAGCGGCCGCGCCACCGCUCCGGCGGCUGGUUCCCGUCCCUCCGCUCCACCGCCCCGCCCCGCGCGUCAGCGGGCUGGUCCCUGCUUUGGGGUCAAGCCACGGGUUACUUUUAGGCCCACGUUGGGUCAGAGAUCCGGGUUGGAAUUGUGCCGGCGCACCUGUGGAGGGAGCGGAGUGGGGCGAGGACCCCUGCAGCCAGCCUCCCGGGCAGCGCCCGCGCGUCGGGAAAGCUGUAACCGGCGUGACCGUGCCCCGGCCCCGGCGCCCCCGGCGGGGGGCUCGCAGACGCUCGAGGCGUUGGAAACUCGGCUGCGAAACCGCCCCUGGCCAACCGUGGACGCCAGGGAGAUGCGCUGCUUCGUCACCGCUCAAGUAGGAGCCCGUUUUCAACUUCAAAAAACGAGCCAGCCUAAUAAACCCCUCGUGCCGAAGCCUCCGGGUUAGUGUCUCGGCAGCGGUGCGCCGAGGGCGCGUGCUCGGCGCUGCGGCGGCACGGCGGGCGAGCCUCUGGCCUGCUGAUCCCCUCGACAAUAAUCCCAUGCUCCCAGACGCCGGGGGAACAGGUGUUGCAAGCUGCGAUAGACGGGCUGCGUAAAUUCAGCUCCGCUGGUGACUUCAGCCGCCCCGUCCGCUUCCCAUUAAAACCAAAAGUGCCCCCGUGGCCCCUGCAAGGCUUUUGCGGUCGUCACCCAGCCGAGACUUAGGCUGGCCUACUGUAAAAGGAAUUUAAUUGUAUGUGGUCGGGUCUUGCGAGCACUCGGGCGUCUGCCUUUGAGGUCAGCCUUGUCUCGUUCACGUUGCAGAAGUCCUGUUGUGGCUGUAGGUGAGGACGUGCGUCGGUUUCUGCAGGACCGAGGGAAAGCUGGUCGCACUGUGUGUGAUUUCUUGAGGUCGUUACUGCCCUUAGAUGAAAUACCCGGGUUUUUUAGGGGCUCAGUCUAUUGAUAAAUGAAGUCUGUUGAUAAUUUCCGGCGAAUUAUUUUUACCCACCUUUCUGAAGUGCUCAUUCAAAAGUCAGAGUCUCUCUGGGUUUUUUCGAUGAUUAGGAAAGUAUUAGCUCAAACUAUUUUUUUUUUUUUUAAGAAGUCACAAAUAUGAGCAAUAUAUUUAAUUAUUAUUAUAGACAUAGUUUUUUAAGCUGUUCAAGUGAACGAUCGAACUGUAAAGGAAAUGUGUUCCAUGCCAAAACCUUCUGACGAAGGAAUGGUGUCAGGUUAUUUAUGAGGAGUGAGUUCUCUUGUUUCUAGUUCCAGGAUUUUGAAAAAGCAAGAAGUUUUCCAGGGUUGUAUGCAAUCCAUAUCCGCGUUCUGGGAGUCAGUAAAACACCGCUUGGCUUCCUUCACUGGCUUGUUCCUUUUUGUGCAGUUGAUCUGGAGAAGGAAGGCGGGAUUGCUGAUGCCGCCGUGCAGCUGGUCGCUCCCGCGUCCCUCGCAAAUGACCGUCACCGAGCCGGGAUGGACAGCGAUGGGCGGCGUUCCGAGCAACGGCAGGGGAUAAGACACCUCGUGCCGGGAGCUGCGAGUCUCCCGCCGGGCUGGGAGGCUGAGUGGUCUCGCCUGAAAGGCGUGGGGCUGGGUGGGUGGGCGCUGGCCUGCGCCGGGACUGGCAACGCUGCUCCGGGAGCCGCUUCCCUUCUUCUAAUUUUUUUUUUUUUUUUUUUUUUUUUUUUCCCCCCUUAAUUUUGAUCGACUAAGAGUGUUUGUCUCAGGAUCUUCAAAGGACUUAAAGAGUAACAACUUUAAUGUCGAUGAAUACUUGAAAUCUAAUGUAAGGUGUUUUUCUCCAGAUGACAGUCUAGCUAUAAUAAAGUUUGUAGGUUAGUAAAAUAGAUAAUUUUAAAUAUAGACGUUUGAAAUACAUAUGUUCUGCAGGAUCGUUUUAAGGAAAUUUGGGCCUAAAGGUUAACACUUGAAAUACCAGUUACGGCUGGACUCAGGACCUGGUAGUAGCUAUAGCUUAUUUCUUACUGCUUGCGUGUGAAGUGUAUCGUGCAUAGGAGCUUGUUGGCAGCUGUUCCCCCCCGCCGGCGUGGGUGUCGGCGCGGAGCUAGCGGGGGUGGUCGUGACUCUGCCUCCUUAGGAAUCCACAGCAGCGGCGGUUCUGGACCGGUGGCGAUUUUGAUCUUCUCCUCAUCUUAGAGAAACCUUUUCACGACCGCUUUACUGCGUAGGAAACUCAGGAGUAGAAGGUUCCUGUGUGCUAUUACUCUGUACGUCCUCGAAAUCUAAAAUAACUUGCAGCUGAAAGUCUUCAGGAUCCCCAGAGCCGGUGCUGCGUUUCAUCGGGCCAGUGCUGUCACGUCUGAGGGUGCUGCCGACCCAAGGGGGAAAAAUAAACCUCAUCCUGCUCUCUCAGUGGAAACGUGCAUGAAAUAAAGCUGUUGGUUCAGAGAACUUGGUAGCACGAAGCAGAGCGUGUGUCUCAUGGAAGAGCAGUGCCGCCUUUUGAAACCAAGCUGUCUUUUUUUAAAGAAAUAACCAACUAGGAAUUAGAGAAUAAAUUCUAAGAAUUGCUCAGUCAUGGUCACCACGUAAUUGAGACUUUUUUUUUUUUUUUAAAUAUCAGUGGUUUUCUAGAUAGCGGAGGAUGUUAUUGCCGUUCCUUAAAUGAGGCUUUAAUGCUGGGGAGGCUCACGAUUGCAGAGAAUCUGUGCUUUGUAUUCUUUACGUUUUUAUCUUCAUAAAAUGUCCACUGUGAAAAUUAUCCCAAAGUUCACUGAAAAGGAAGAAGAGCUGCAAUUCAGGUCUACGGUCAGAACAAAACCGUCUUAAUGUUAUUUAAAAACUAAGAACCCACAGAAAUAAAAUGUAUAAAAUAUA